CCAGCGUCGCGCUGGUGACGUCAGAGGGCCAUGGCGGCGGCUCUGGAACCCUGGCAGACGGCAGCUCCGCGGAGGAGAAGGCGCUCUGCCCCGCGCCCCUCUCGGGGCAGAGAGGCAGCGGCGCCGGACCCGGAGGCCGAUCCCGAGGCGGACUGCGGAGUCGUGCUUCUUCGUAUCCGGGAGGCCAGGAAGGACCUGCUUCUUUCGGAUUUCUGGAGUCUGGCACUAGAAACCAUCAACAGCUGUCUUACAAAACAUCUGGAACAACUGAAGGCCCCUGAGGGGACUCUUGCGGAAGCCCUCAGAAACCUGCAUCUUGACUCCUUGCCAGAUACGUCUGCUGUGACUCCGGGCUCCACCCCAGGAGAGACCCCGGUCCCGGGAACCUGCCGUUGGAAGUGUGUGUGUUAUGGCAUCGGGAACUUUGCCACCUGCGUCACAGCUAGACACCAGCUCACAUUUUUGCUUCUCUUCCUGGAAAAGUGCCGGAUUCCCAGAAGGCACUGCUGGGUGUACGAUCCUCUGUUUAGCCAACUAGAAAUCGCAGUUCUGAAUAGCCUCGGUGUGACUGUUCUCAGCGAGAACGAGCUCCGGGAAGAUCGGAGCUGCUCCCACCGCAGCUCACCGUGCCUGCCGGCCCCGCAGGAAGGAUGCCGGAGCGUCGGCGGCGAGCCCACCGUUUUCUACAUGCCCCACUGCGGCACAGCCCUGUACAACAACCUUCUGUGGAGUAACUGGUCGGUAGACGCCCUUGCCAAAAUGCUCAUCAUUGGGAACAGCUUCAGAGGACUCGAGGAAAGAUUGCUGGCAAGGAUUCUACAGAAGAACUAUCCCUACAUUGCAAAGAUCUUAAAAGCACUGGAGGAGCUCGAGCUGCCCGAGACGUCACAGUACGCGGACGUAUUCAACGAUACCUCCGUCCACUGGUUCCCUGUACAGAAGCUGCAACAGCUCCCCACAGACACUUGGGCGUUUCGGGAAGAACCGGACUAUCAGGACUGUGAGGACCUUGAAAUCAUCAGGAACCAGACAAGAGAUCCUUCAGCCACUGACUGGAACUCGCGGUGAUGUGUUGGGUGCUGGUGCGGCAGAAGCAGCUGCCACCAGAGAGGACAGGGAGGGUGGCCACAGAGGGAGCGCGAGCGCCCCCUUCUUUGCCGCAGGCCAGGCCUCAGAGCACGGGAAGCACG